UCUUUGAUUAAAUAGGCCCUGGGACUCCUGUUCAGAAAGACUUCCUGUGGUGCUCAGAAUUACUUCUAGAAAUCUGAAACCCCAGACUCUCUCCAAGAUGUACCUCAGCGCUGAAAAUCACCGCAUACCUCUAAGUGAUGGAAACAGCAUUCCUAUCAUCGGACUUGGUACCUACUCAGAACCUAAAUCAACCCUUAAGGGGAGCUGUGCGGCAUCGGUGAAGGUUGCCAUUGACCUGGGGUACCGGCACUUUGACGGGGCCUACAUCUACCUGAAUGAGCACGAAGUUGGGGAGGCCAUCAGGGAGAAGAUAGCAGAAGGAAAGGUGCGGAGGGAGGACAUCUUCUACUGUGGAAAGCUGUGGGCUACAAAACAUGAGCCAGAGAUGGUGCGUCCAACCCUGGAGAAGACACUCAAGGUCCUCCAGCUAGAUUAUGUGGAUCUUUACAUCAUUGAAAUACCCAUGGCUUUUAAGCCUGGAGAUGAAACCUAUCCAAGAGAUGAGAAUGGCAAGUGGUUAUACCACAAAUCAAAUCUGUGCACCACUUGGGAGGCUUUGGAAGCUUGCAAAGAUGCUGGCUUGGUGAAAUCCCUUGGAGUAUCCAAUUUUAACCGAAGGCAACUGGAGCUCAUCCUGAACAAACCAGGACUCAAAUAUAAGCCAGUCAGCAACCAGGUUGAGUGCCACCCAUAUUUCACCCAGCCAAAACUCCUGAAAUUCUGCCAACAACAUGACAUUGUUAUUAUUGCAUACAGCCCUUUGGGGACCUCCAGGAAUCCAGUCUGGGUGAAUUUAUCUUCCCCACCUUUGUUAAAGGAUGCACUUCUCAACUCACUGGGGAAAAAGUAUAAUAAAACAGCAGCUCAAGUUGCUUUGCGUUUCAACAUCCAGCGAGGAGUGGUAGUCAUUCCUAAAAGCUUUAACUCUGAAAGGAUCAAAGAAAACUUUCAGAUCUUUGACUUUUCUCUUACUGAAAAAGAAAUGCAGGACAUUGAAGCCUUGAAUAAAAAUGUCCGCUUCGUGGAAAUGCUCAUGUGGCGUGAUCACCCCGAAUACCCAUUUCAUGAGGAAUACUGACUUCAGGGAGCUUCUGAACUGCUUUUUCCCUCCCAUGUGCGCCAGGACCUUUGGCUGGGUGGUUCCACCAGAUGUGGAAAUGAACGGCAUUUUCCUGUCCUCAGAUGAAGUGGUGAUGGAAACGAUUACUUUUGGGUAGUGUAAGUGACUUUGACCUAGCUAUGUUGCAGAAAAAAAAUGUUUAAAUCUGUUGAAAUAAUUAUUAGAAAUUAUCAGUUAAGAUUUUAUUAGAUCAAUGUCUUCUGGGUUCCCAGACAGAAAAACAUCAGGCUUUAGAUAAGACUUCAGAGGCAACAUAUGAAGAUAAAUAACCUGAAUCGGGUACUACCACUGGUAGCCUGAGUUUGUUAGUACUUAACAGGGCAAAAAAGAGGGUGGAGAGCUGCCACAUGCCAGUGUGCUGGCAGUGGCCUUGAUGGUUUGGACGACUGACUGUAAGACAGACACAGCCAAGAUAAGAUCCACACGUGCAUUAUUAACAAGGCAGUGAUUUGCUGCACCUUGAGUAGAGAGCAAGAGCUAAGUGUAGAAGGGUCUUACAAUAAAGCUAAUUAAAUACCACAGCAGUCAGCAAAGCCAUUGUGACUUAGUUGUUGUCUGUUUCCACCCAAUGUACAUUUGUUUAGUUUUUACCUAGCUUGAGGAACAGAUAAUUGCUGGUUUCCUCUUGCAUGCUUUAAAGGGCCUGAGCUCCAACCUGACUGGUGAAUCAUACUCGCACUGACUGUCACUCUUGCCCCCAUUCAUCACAGGGCCACCGUUAUACAAAGUGGCUUGAGACAACCAACAUACACAAAUAAAGCCUUGUAUCGUAAACAGUCCAAAGAUGACUGUUUUAAAAGAAGGCAUUUAAAAAGGAGGCUUUAGGAAACAUAUUGAAAAAAGAAGUUUUAGGGGCCAGCCCGGUGGUGCAGGAGUUAAGUGUGCACGUUCCACUUCGACGGCCUGGGGUUUGCCGGUUCGGAUCCGGGGUGCGGACAUGGCACUGCUUGUCACGCCAUGCUGUGGUAGACGUCCCACAUAUAAAGUAGAGGAAGAUGGGCACGGAUGUUAGCUCAGGGCCAGCCUUCCUCAGCAAAAAGAGGAGGAUUGGCAGCAGAUGUUAGCUCAGGGCUGAUCUUCCUCAAAAUAAAAAAAGAAGUUUUAAAAAAUUAUUCUUCUGAAGAUUUUGAAAAUGUUAUUAGGAUAUCUGUGAAUUUUGAGAAAGUAGCAAGUUCAAAAGAACACUGGUAAUUUUACUGUAUGUAAAUUUUUUAAGUGAAUAAGAAGAUUAUUAGAAUUCCACAAUAGAUAUAUAGAAAUAGACGUAGAAAAUAGGUAGAGAUGUACCUAUUUUCAGUUUCACUAGAGCAAUAUAUUCUAUUCAUUCACAUGAAGUCUUUCUCACAGAGCAAGAGAGUUCUUCAAAAAUUAUGUUUGUGCAAGACCGACUGUUUAUAGGCAAUCUUCAAUGACUAGAAAACAUACAUUUCUGAGAAAUGAUCACUUCAAAAAAAACUGAUCUCUACUCAUUGUUUCUGUUGAUUCUAAUAUUAAUGCACACAAUGCUGUCCUCUGGAAAAUGUCUUGUUCACAAGAAAUAAUAAAAUACGAUGAUUUGUUUCACCUCA